AUGGAAGAUUAUACAAGCAACCCAAAGCGAGAAGCAGGUCCUCGACUUGAAAUAAAAAAUGAAACAGUGUUGCGCGAUUCUGAGCCUCCUUUUUCUCCUUCUUUCUGCGGCAACGAUCGUGAUGUACUCAAGCUCUUUGAGAAGAACAGCAAGCAUUGGGGCUACAAGAGGUCCUUGUCAGAUUUGGAUGUUUGGCUUGUUUCACAUGGAGGUGUGGCUUCAGAAUACUUGUAUUCCUAUUUUGAAGACCAUGACAUCAAGCUGUUUCCAAGCUACAAACACAACCGGGAUUAUUUGUGUCAUUUGGGCAAUCCAGAAAUGGUUGAAUUGAUCUAUCCAUCCAACACACCCUUUUUGGUCAUUGUUGGUGACUUUUGGAGGGCAUUCAUGUCAAUGCACAGGCGCGACUAUUUGAAGAUGAACAUAGCCAAAAAUAUAUUUGGAGAAGAACGCUGUGUAAUGCCAAAGUACGAAGACUAUGUGUCCAAGAAUCCCAAUGAUCCUGCUGGGAUCAAGGACAUGGUCAGAACCUACACCAAGCUUCCAAAUGUCGUUUUUCUAAAGGCCCCAUACAGCAAAGAAUCCGUCAUGCAAGCUGCACAAUUGUUGGGACUUGACAAACUGCAAAACCUCCCAUCCUUAUUCCAAGGGUUUGAGGAACACGAGCGAAAAUCCAACAACACAUUUAUUGUACCUGAACUUGUUCCCAUCUAUGAGCCCUACAAGGAACUGCAUGAGUUGUUAGACAACUCAAAUGUUCCACCUGUCUGGACCUCGUCACAAUUGCCCGAGGCAUUGAGGCUAUACCUCAUCAAAGAGGCACAAAAUGUAAACAAGACUUCUGUGAAAAGGUAAUCAAAUAAAUGGGGUCAAAGUUUAGUUGCCAUCAUCCAAUAAUAAAAUCUAUUGGGGUGCUGGUAUCUUUGCUUGCACAAGAGCACCUAUCAUCUGUCAUCAGCCCACGAUCCUACCGGUACCCGUAGAGCUCCCGUAGUUAUUAAUACCUGUGCAUGUACCGGUUAUGUGGUUCGUGAAGGGCGAGGCACCUGGGAGCUGGAGC